AUGAGCUACAUCCUCACCCUCUCCUGCCCCGACCGCCCGGGCAUCGUCCACGCCGUGACCGCCUACCUGGUGCAACAGAACCUCAACAUCAUCGACAGCAGCCAAUAUGGCGACCCGACCAGCCAGCGCUUCUUCAUGCGCGUGCACUUCAAGGAUGAAUCCUCUCCCGCCAAGUCCCUCGACGACCUGCGCACCGCUUUCCAGCCCACCGCCGAGUCCCUGACCAUGACCUUCCAGCUCGUCCCCGCCUCCUCCAAGCCCCGCGUGUUGAUCAUGGUCUCUAAGAUCGGCCACUGCCUCAACGACCUCCUCUUCCGCGCCUCGACUGGCCAGCUCCCCAUCGAGAUCCCCCUCAUCGUUUCCAACCACCCCGACUUCGCUACCCUGGCUGCUACCUACAACAUCCCCUUCUUGCAUCUCCCCGUGACCGCCGACACCAAGCCCCAGCAGGAGGGACGCAUCUUGGAGCUGAUCCGCGAACACAACAUUGAUCUGGUUGUCCUGGCCCGCUACAUGCAAGUGCUGUCGCCUAUGCUGUGCGAGGCCAUGUCUGGAAAGAUCAUCAACAUUCAUCACAGUUUCUUGCCCAGUUUCAAGGGUGCUAAGCCUUACCACCAGGCUUUUGACCGCGGUGUCAAGAUUGUCGGUGCUACGGCGCACUUUGUCACCAGUGAUUUGGAUGAGGGUCCGAUUAUUGAGCAGAAUGUUGUGCGUGUCAACCACGCUAUGAGCCCCAAGGAGUUGACUCAUGCUGGAUCCAACGUUGAGAGCAAUGUCUUGGCUACGGCGGUGAAGUACUUCGCUGAGCGGAGAGUCCUGCUCAACGGACACAAGACUGUUGUCUUCAACUAG